CCUCCUUUUUAGCGCUGAACCGCCCAGGGAGCGCAAGUUCAUUCCCUAGUUUGCCGACGUGCGUCUGUGGAGGGAAAAACCCGCUGUGCGCCGGUGCAAAAUACGAAUGAUACAUGCGUCACUGACAAAGUCAAUUGCGCUGGGUGCAAGAUAGGGCCCUUAAAGUUUGUUUGUUGGACUUACAAUUACACCGAAAGUGACAAGAGUGCAAACGUUACAACUUUUUUGGAUGUCUUUGCUUAGUGGGUAAACAACGCUAUCUCAUGGCAAUUCGUACGUAUUUUACGAGGUGACUAAUUCGUACUAAUUCGUAUAACCACAUUUGUCAGUGUGUUAAAAUAGGUAGCAGUGGUUUACAGUGAAUUUAGAAAAAAUAAGGGGCGUUGUUAGAAACAACAUGGACUACAUUCAGUGUAAAACAAGGCUUAUUGCUUUUAUAAAAUGGAUAUUUCAUAUACAUAGCAAGUACUUGCCAACCAACACAGAUGCAGUGGUGCAGUAAUACUGAUGUUAUGCCGUAACCACAGCAUAAACCACGCAGUAAAACCAUCAAAGACCAGAACUAACUAGUUUGUAUUAACGAGGACAUCUACAGAUCUAACAAAGGUCUACACAGAUUUGUCUCACUUAAGAAUGAGUUUAGUACACACUAUUUACACACAUUUGCGAUACCAUUUUGGAACCUCUAAAGGGUUCUUUCUAAAGCAUUUAUUUGAAUACAAAGAGCCAUGUAAAGGGUUCUUCACAGACAUGUAAAUUCUUCAUUGAUUGUUUAAAUCUAUCACUGCAAAAAUUUCAGUGAGAGAAGGUCUGCGCUGAACUUGCAGAUUCCUAAAAGUAAUUUGCCUUACAAAUGAACUGGAACGACAGCUUCUUUGCAUAAACUUGAAAUGAUCCAUCAAGACAAGAUAGACAUUUCCAUUUGGUCACGGACAGUAGCUGAGAAAAAGACACAGAGAAGGGCAGAGGAAAGAGGGGAACAACGAAAACAAAGAAGAAGGCAUCUGUGUGAGAUCGUGAUCUGAACAGUAAGAUGUGGAUGUUGGUUUGUCUAUAUGUCCUUUUCGGUGCAGUUCUCACUACAACACUUGCCACCACUGCUCAGGAGGAAGGGAAUCUGUCCUUAAAAGGACGGGCUGUACAGUCAUCCACAGUUUAUAAUUGGGUAGCAGCAAAUGCCCUUGACACUUCAAACUUCACCUGCACCCAUACUAAUGUAUCUGAUAACCCUUGGUGGAGACUGGAUCUUCUGGAUUCUUACCCCAUCUCUACAAUUGUUAUCAUUAACAGAGCAGACUGCUGUGGGGAUCGACUCGACGGAGCAGAAAUUCGUAUUGGAAACUCUUUGGUGAACGAUGGCAACAACAAUUCCAGAUGUGCUGUGCUGUAUGGUGUGGGAUUGGGUCAGUCCGUAUCUGUGUCCUGUAAUAACAUGGAGGGACGAUAUGUGAACGUCAUUGUACCUGGAAGAGCGAAAAUUCUCACUUUGUGUGAUGUGAAGGUGUAUACACAUGUUUAUAAAGCAGUUAUGAGGAUGAAAUUUACCUCCAUUUUCAAUCUGUCAGAUCCAGCAGAGAGCAACAAAGUUCUUACCCAGAUGAAGACCGCUCUGACUUCUAGAGGAUACUCAGAUUUCACAAUGACCUGGACAAAACUCCCGGUCAGACAGAAGACAAAACUGGUUAAUGAUGGUCCAUGUUUUAAAGGUCCAUUCAGGCAGUUUUAGGGGCAUCUAGCGGUGAGACUGUGAAUUGCAACAAGGUUCUCAGUCCAAAGGUCACUCAUUCUUUUCAAACACAAAGUAAAGCUAUAGUAGCCAACGGGACAAACACAUGAUCAUUGUCUGAGACAACAUAGUGACAAAACGCACUCUAUAAAGCAGUUUGUCUGUUUAGGGUAAAUAUCUAUACAUUUUUAAAUCAAGAUGUUUUUUCUUGAUGAGCAAAAUAAGUUCAAAAUAAGUACAAAAAUACAAAUUUUAAGUGCAUUAAACAAGUAAAGAAAUGCUAAUUGGGUAAAAAAAUCCGAUUUUUUUUUCUUAAACAAUUCAGGAAAAAAUCUAGAAAAUUUUGCUUACCUCAUUGGCAGAUUAUUUUGCUUGUUUUAUGCAAAACUUUACUUAAAAUGUAUAUUUUUAUGUCUAAAAACUAGAUUUAUUUUCUUAGAUCAUUUUCCUCCUCAAGAAAGAGCAUCUUGAUUUAGUAAUUUUUAGAUAUUUGUACUAAACACAAAUAUAGACAAAAAUAAUAAGUAAGAAAGUCAAUUUUGCAUUGUACCUUCUGCCACUGCCAGGCAAAAAGAAAAAAUAAAUCAGAUGAAAGCUGUUGUUAAACACAAUAAAAAUGAGUGGACUCCACAGAAUGAUCAUCAACACUUAAUACAAUGUAUGUACCCUUUUAACUAAUUCCCCCCCAGCCAUUUUUUUUUUUAAAGUUGCCCGGCAGCAUUUUUUGUGACUUUUACAAAAGUUUCACAAAAUGCCUUCCAGGAAAAUUUUCUAUAUAUAAUAAUACAAAUAUAUCAAAUGAAAGAACAGACGCUCUGCUUUCAAACAAUCAAACAAAACAGGGAAAAACAUGUUUCAUUUCAUCUAUAUUUUUUCUCUGCUUAUAAACUCUUAAAUAUGGGUAUUUUUCUUUAAAAAAAAUUUUUUUGCAAAAAGCUGAAAUAAUUGCAUUUUGUGAAGGAAUUUUGUUAGAGAUCAGAUUUAGAACUAUUAGUUUUUGAUGAUCAAAAUAACGUAUGUAAAAGUUUUUGCAAUAAAACAGCUUGAAUGUAACUCUACAGCAAUGCUACAUUUAGAGUGAAGCUUCUGCAUCGCUCCUCGAUCACCACCAGAGGGAGACAUCUCCUGAUUACUAGUCUUAUCAUACAGAAUUCAUUUCCCAUGAGCCCACAUACCUGGACUGAUUUCACAAUCACCUUUUGUGCAUUAGAACUGCCUAUUUAAACCCCUCAGUCCCUCACAUGGUUGCGAAGUCUUGAUUUUGUUCUGGCAUCAUUUCUGAGUGUUUAUUCAAUCUGUUUACCUGUAUCUGUCUUUGGAGUGUUUACU